CCCGCCCGGGCCGCCCAUUUGAAGCGCGCGCUGGGACCCGAGGCCGCUCGCCGCCCAGCCCACAGAAGCAACGCGACGCCGAGUCGCCGACGCGAGGCGACGCGAGCACCCUUUCUUUUUUUUUGUUCAGGUCCGCUCAAGAGCGAGCGACGAGAGAAACUGACGGCCGCGGCAGUUUCCAGGCGCCGGGAGCGAGAGCCGCCGCAUGGCAGCGCAGGAGGCGCUGCGGUGGCGCUACGGCGACGUGGACGACGGCAACUUCGCCGUGCGCGGCCGCGGGGUGCUGGUGCUCGUGGCGCUCUUCGGCGUCCUCGUCUGCUUCGUCGCCGUCUGCCUCUACCUCCGCUGGGCGUGCCACCGCUACAACGACCGCCGCGACUCCGCGGACGUGCUGCCGAGGUGGUACACCGCGUCGUCGGCCUCCUCCGCGGCGCAGCCGGCCGCCGCCUCAUCGGUGGCCGCCGGCCUCGACGACGCCGCGAUCGCGGGCCUGCCCGUGACGCCGUACCUGCCCGCGGCAGGCGGCGCGGCGGACGACGCGGCGCAGUGCUGCCCCAUCUGCCUCGGCGAGCUCGCUGAGGGCGACAAGGUGAAGGCGCUGCCGGUGUGCGGGCACGGCUUCCACCCGGAAUGCGUGGACGCGUGGCUGCGGGCCCGGGCGAGCUGCCCUCUGUGCCGGGCCUCCCUUCUCGCGGCCGCGGCAACCACCAAACCACCAGGCGACGACGUCGGCGUCGGAGGCGAAGCUGCCGUCUGAUAAUUCCUCGCGGCAACCGUGCGCGGAGCAGCACGAGCGCGCCCGGUGCCGUUCAGGCCGGCCGCAUUCCGUCGCGCCGGCCGGUCGUGUUCAGGCCGCCGGCGGUGGAAGCUUUCAUCUGUGUACGGCACUGUAAAAAUCUCGCGACGUGGCGUUUUGCCCACUUCAUUUUUCGCAGAAACGAAACAAAGUUGCGUCCUUCCGUGGCCGUUC